AAAGAUCUAAAUUUAAUAAAUUAAUUUUAUCAGAUAUUGCUAUUCAUUUAGUUUUUACAUCAAUUUAUACCGGUCAAAUUGGAAAUUUAAUUGGAAUUGCACCAUUUGCAGGAAUUGGACAAAACAAUGAAAAUAUAGGUGUUAAUGAACUUAAUGCUCAACAAUUAAUGAAUCAUUAUAAAAUUCCUGUUGCUAGAGAUUUAGCAAAAAAAACACAAAAUGACAUAACACCAGCAAACAUUCUUAAAAAUUCAGAAAAAUUAGAUAAUCUCGAAUUAAAAGAUAAUUUCGAUAUUUUAGCAACAUACUAUGAUGAAAUUUCUUGUGAUAAUACUG